CCAAGGAGUUUUUAUCAGGGCGGUGAUAAAGAGCUUUAUAUCUCUGGGGGCUGAACUAUCACCUUUUAUUGCCCUUUUUUUUUCCCUUCUCUUUAAGCAAUGCAAAUCCAAUCCAUUUUUAGAGCCUCCCAUCCGCUACCUUUUCAUACAGGUGAAGGAGAGCCUACCAGCCUUGCAGUGGGAUAAGUGCUCCUUGUUCCUCCACCAGGACCCAUUGGAGACCUGACCCUGCACCUCCAGUCUCUCAAGCCUCUGCCCUGCAGCAUCUUGGCAGUGCCCACGGGGCCAGCUACGCCCAGGGCUCUGCCUGCGCCAUCCCAUGGCCACUGCUGACUGCAGUCACCAGCCGGUGAAGCUGGUGAUGGACAUGGACACCAAGGCCAAGCCCCCGCAGCCGCACUGGUACGAGCGCCGCGUCCAGCCCUGUGUGGCCGAGCUGCUGGGCACCGCGAUCUUCGUCUGCAUCGGCUGCCUCUCCGUGGUGGACGAUGCCGCGGGCACCGGGAGGCUGCAGCCGGCCCUGGCGCACGGGCUGACCCUGGGGCUCACCAUUGCUGUCCUGGGAGACAUCAGUGGAGGCCACUUGAACCCCGCCGUGUCCUUGGGCAUGUGGCUGGUCGGUGGGUUGAACAUCACGAUGCUCAUCCCUUACUGGGUCUCCCAGCUCUUCGGAGCGGCCAUAGGAGCCGGCCUGGCAAAGGCUGUGGCAGCGAGUGAGCGGUACGGGAAUGCCAGCGGAGGAGCCUUCAGCAUCAUCACAGCUGAUGAUCAGGUCCCCUCCGUCCUCGGGGGCGAGAUCAUCAUGACCUUCCUCCUCAUCCUCGUGGUCUGCAUGGGCGCCGCCAAUGGGAAGACCAAAACGCCGCUGGCACCUUUCUGCAUCGGCUUCUCGGUCACGGUCAACGUCUUGGCAGGAGGUGGCGUGUCCGGAGCCUGCAUGAACCCUGCCAGAGCCUUCGGGCCAGCUCUGGUAGCAAACUACUGGGACUAUCACUGGGUUUACUGGGUAGGGCCCAUGCUCGCUGCCCUCCUCGUCAGCGCGCUGGUGAGGACCCUGCUUGGUGAUGGAAACACCCGCCUGCUCCUCAAGUGAUGCUGGGCACGGGGCUGUGUUUGUGCCUUUGUCACUGACCUGCCAUGGGCUGGUGCAGCUCAGCACAGCCGGU